ACCUACUAUUAAUAAAGUUUUAAAUAACUAAACUAAUUAUUAACAGUCUUACUGUACCUAACACUUAUUCGUACUUUAAAACAAUUUACUCCAUCUUUUAUUACUGUCUAAAACUUAUGAAACCAUGUUACAAACUUGUUACAAAUAAAUAAACUAACUAAUAAAAUAUGUAAUUAUGUUCGAAAAUAACUCAAACUAGAACAUUUUUCUAAACAGAAACUUUCUGAACACACUUCUAACACUGUGUUAGGAAUUUCACCCAGCACGUAAAAAACAAACAGCACGAUAUUUGUAAACAAACAAACUUAGUGUUCAUGUGUAAACACCAGUCAUUCCUUCUGUCUGUGCGCACUAUUUGGUCAUAUUGUUGCAUAGAUGAGUGAUAGACUGUCCGCACACAAGUGAUGUUCAAGAUGCGUUAUACAUCUUUAGUGAGUUAUAGUGUGUUCUCGUCUCGUAACUUUUUAUUUAUUUAACUGUAUGCGAAUUUAUUGUAACUUUAUGAAAAGUUGCAAUUAAUUCGCAUUAAGUUACCUCUUGUAAAUAAUAUUAUAAUUUUAUAAUGUACCUACUAACCUAUUAGAUAUUUAGUUUAUAUUCAGUUUAUGAUAUGCUCGCGUAUGUAACACAUUACUUCAUCAGUUCUACUUCUACUAUCAAAUUAACUUCUAUUUAUAACUUAUAAAUAAAUCUUAACAACUCUAUAAAUACUUUAGAAUAUUGCUACAUUAAUAUUACUGUCCCAUAAUAAAAUAAAUAAUACAUUUAACUUUAAAACCUAACCAUAACUUUGAAUGAUGACCUAUUCCUAGUUCUAUCUGAUGAUGACGAUUGUAAGUCUCACACAGUCGAUAACACAACAAAAUUUUCGUUGUAAAAUAGCAUCUGUUACAACUAAGUAAAUAGAGGUUACAGUGUACAGCUUGAUGUGCUAUAGUUUGUUCUCAUACAAACCUAAAGCUGUUUAAAUAUUUUGUGGCACACGAAUUGGGUCGACAAUAAAAGCAAUUUACGUAAUAGGUCCAUACGUAGGUACACCUACGUCUGUUUGAUUAAAGUACAGAGUUUCGUAUGAAAUAAGUACACGUUUGAUCCUUUUAAUAUUGCUUUCAACUAGUAUUAUGAAAAAAAAAUCUAUCGUAUCGGUCUUUGCAGAAGAAAAGUUUUCUUAUCUUAAUGAGACCUGCAAUACACUUAACAUUCUUAAAAUGGUCCGACUAAUCUUCCUUUUGCAAUCGGCGCGUUGAAAACUAAAAAUUUGACUAAAUAAAACAGACCCAAAACGAAGAAUUAUCAAUCAUGAUUCCAUUUAACCCAAUAAUUACACAUAAUUAGCGUUUUAUUUGUUAUCACUGGAAUACGUUUUCAUUCAUACCAGACGAGUCACAAAUGUCUGUGGUUGCGUACGUAUUCGUCACACUCGCGGCAUAGCUCGCGUUCACCCAUAACGAGAACACACUUUUAACGCGCUGUGAAAGAUGACUAAAAAUUAUUUUUGUCCAACCUUGUCUGCUAUGUGCCCCACUGUGCAGGCCGAACCGCGGGUGAUGGGUCGCCGAUUUGUGCUAACUUUGGUGAUUGGGAUCUCAGCCGGAUUUAGUUUCGCAUACAUACUAUUAACUUCCACUGGAUAUCCAAAAGAAGUGGUCUUUUCUACGUACAGAGAGUCAGUUAGAGAUCUAGAGAAGCAUCCUAUAUCGUCAGUAGUUGACCAUGGAACCGAUGAGCCAGCGCAUAGAGAUGAAGAUCGCACGGUGGCCGAUGAGCUGGCCAAAAGAGUCAGGGUUCUGUGCUGGGUGAUGACACAACCGAAUAACCAUCAGAAGAAAGCACAGCAUGUCAAAGCCACGUGGGGGAAGCGAUGCAAUAAGCUGGUGUUUAUGAGUACGGUUGAAGACAGUUCGCUGCCAACAGUGAAACUACCGGUUAACGAAGGGCGGGACUUCUUGUGGGCGAAGACGAAGGCAGCCUUCCGAUAUGUCUACGAGCAUCAUAAGAGGGACGCCGACUGGUUCCUCAAGGCUGACGAUGACACGUAUGUUAUAAUGGAGAACUUGAGAUACAUGCUGGCCGAUUAUGACACCAACGAGCCAAUAUACUUCGGGUGCCGAUUCAAGCCGUAUACCCCACAGGGCUAUAUGAGCGGCGGUGCUGGUUACGUGCUUAGCCGGGAGGCGCUGAAUCGGUUCGUGAACAAAGCGCUGCCUUCGCCACACCUCUGCAAGGCGAGCGACGGAGGCGCAGAAGACGUUGAGAUUGGCAAAUGCCUAGACAAGGUGGGCGUGAAAGCGAUGGACUCCCGGGACUCGCUGCACCGCGGCCGGUUUUUCCCGUUCGUGCCGCAGGACCAUCUGUUCCCGAACAAAGACAAACGCUUCUGGUACUGGCAGUAUAUCUUUUACCCUUCUGAUGAGGGCCUAGACUGCUGUUCGGACCACGCAAUAUCCUUCCACUACGUAGGUCCUCAACAGAUGUAUGUAUUAGAUUACCUCGUAUACCACUUAAGGCCGUACGGCAUUCGCUUCGGCGGCGGCGACCUACCCCGUAUACUAAGAAACGACACCAAAGAUACAGAGGUUCACUAGAACGAUAAGUGUACUAGGAAACAAAUAU